UCUUAAGAAUAAUUCUCUGAAGGAAUUUUGUUAUUGCAUGUUCAUGGAGAAUAAGACAAAUUCUGUCACCUUUUUCUUGUUCGUAAUUUGCACACUGAUCUUCACCACUGCCUCUGCCAUUCGAUGUUUAGAUACUAGGUGUUCUGUGUUUGCCAAUGUUGAUAUUGAUACUUUUCAGAAGCAUAAGGGGGAAAUUGGAGAAAGGUUGGAUGUAGAGGAGUCAGCAACGGGCUCACCAGUGGGCUCGGCGACAAGUGACGUGCGUGGGCCUGGGUCAACGCCACCGAAUUGUGAGUCCAAGUGUGGGUCAUGUACACCCUGCAAACGCGUUCUAGUGGCGGUGUCGCCGCUGGAGAUAGAGCCCAUGGGCCCUGAGUACUACCCAAUAAUUUGGAUGUGUGAAUGUGUCAACAAAUUGUACAAGCCAUGAAUGUAUUUUCUUCUACUAUCUUAGCUUUAUAGGUAUUCACGUUAAAGCCAUGAAGUUUUGGUGACUUACACUUUGUGGGCUAUGUCUCACACUCACAAGAUUAAAAUAAGA